AUGGCCUGCUAUAGCGAUGAUUCCGGGGAAACGCUCCUCAGUGAAAUAGAGGAUAUCUACUCUGAGGAAGACUCGAAUGAUAUUAUAAAGCUUGAGGAGGGUGAUGCACAAAAUGCUACCAAACCGAGGCCGCAUCCAAAGGAGGCAGGCCCCAGUGCUUUUAAAGUAGUGCCUAUCAGUACUGUGAGGCCUAAACCUAGUCCAGAUGAAGCGGGCCACAAUGCAAUCAGGGCAAUACCAAUUAGGAUGUUUUUCCUGAAAUACUUUUCCCAAUUUGUGAGGGAUGAGAAGGAAGCCGAAUUCCUCAUGAUUAAACAAGUAGCAAAUCAAUCUUUUGAUGAGUACUUGGCAAGGUACAUCAAGUUGUCCAAGUACUCUACUUAUCUCCAGUACAUGAAUGAUGAGUGCUGGUCUACAAAAAAGGUGACUAGGGGGUUGAAGCCCGAGCUAAGAGAGAAGGUAGCCCCACGACAACUUGAAGUAUUUAAUAAGACGGUGGAGGUUUGCCACAUUACAGAGAAUAGCCAGAAUCAUCAAGAUUCAAUUAGGGCAACCCAAAGGGCUGAGAGACCCGCAGAGAGGUCAAGUCAGGAAGGGACUUCCUCCAGCCAUAGCAGGAAACAGAAAAGGCCUGAUUUGUCAGGAAGACUUAAACGAGGAGGAAAAGCAAGACGAGAAGGAAUGGACCCUAUUUGCCAAGGAGGGGAAUGUGAGAUUUGUGCUAAGACCAUAAGGAUAAGCCAUGCUUGA